ACUACAGCUCCCAGGCCUCUUCAAAUCCCUACCGCACAGGCUCAGAGCCCCAAACCCGAAGGAGGUGGCUACAUUGUGUCUAUUGUAUCCCUUGUCUGGUGUAUUUGUGCAUCUCUCGGGACGUGAAAUCGAGAGUGAAAAGCAUGGCAGAUGAGCAAGAAAUCAUGUGCAAAUUGGAAAGCAUUAAAGAGAUCAGGAACAAGACCCUGCAGAUGGAGAAGAUAAAGGCCCGUUUGAAGGCUGAGUUUGAGGCACUAGAGUCAGAGGAGAGGCACCUGAAAGAAUAUAAGCAGGAGAUGGACCUCCUGUUACAGGAGAAGAUGGCCCACGUGGAGGAACUCCGACUGAUCCAUGCUGACAUCAAUGUGAUGGAAAACACUAUCAAACAGUCUGAGAAUGACCUAAACAAGCUGCUAGAGUCGACCCGGCGUCUGCAUGAUGAAUAUAAGCCACUGAAGGAGCAUGUGGAUGCCUUGCGCAUGACUCUGGGCCUGCAGAGGCUUCCUGACUUGUGUGAAGAGGAAGAGAAGCUUUCCUUGGAUUACUUUGAGAAGCAGAAAGCAGAGUGGCAGACGGAGCCUCAGGAGCCCCCCAUCCCUGAAUCUCUGGCUGCUGCAGCUGCUGCUGCCCAACAACUCCAAGUGGCUAGGAAGCAGGACACUCGGCAGACGGCCACCUUCAGGCAGCAACCCCCACCUAUGAAGGCCUGCUUGUCAUGUCACCAGCAAAUUCACCGAAAUGCACCUAUAUGCCCUCUAUGUAAAGCCAAGAGCCGGUCCCGGAACCCCAAAAAGCCAAAACGGAAGCAAGAUGAAUGAAGAGAGGGAGAGCACAUGGAAUUCUGCUGAUCAUAACCCGACCCCUUGGCCAGAGUGAUUGGUGUCCUGAUGUAAAACAACCCUUCCCCACUUUCACCAUGUCUCCUAUUUAAUGUGAUAGAAGCACAACCCCUUUCUCACUUUGCUCUUAUUUCUUUCUGCUCUUGGGAUUUCUGGUUUAGGAAACGAUGUGGUUCAAGUGCUAAUGACAGUAUAUCUGAUGAUCUCUUCUCUCCCACUCACAUUUCAACCCCUGCCCUUAUUUGGAGGUAAGUGAAGAGCAAGAGUCCCAGAUGUGAUUCUCUGUCAUUUGUGCCUGUUGCCUGGAGCCUAAGAACUGUAGGGUCUGAGGGCUAAGAGAGGCCCAUAUCCUGUUUCAGGUAAAGGAUUCAGUGUUUUCCCUCCCAGUACUUUUGCCUUAGGCUUGAAGGGACAGCAGUUUUCUUGCUGGACUUCCCAACAGACUGGGUACAUGUAUCUCCCCCAUUCUUACCCUUAUCUCACCCUUAAGCCCCAGAAAUAGCUUGGACAAGUUCUCUCUUUCAUAAUCACUUGGGAGGUUUGACUGUUAUUCUUUAACUACCCCUACCUCAGUCUCUCAGAUACACGAAAAUUUUUAGGUAGCAGGCUAUAUGCCUGGGGAUCCUGAGAUCAGUGAGCCUUUUCCUCAUACCCCUAAUCUUUGUAUAUCAGUAGUAGAGGUUUUUUUCAGUGAAAUGAGGGAGCAGACCCAUUCUAUUAAGUCUUGCCUAACCCACUGCCUAAGUAACAGGCUGAGGGCUCUGCUGUAGCGGCUACUUUAGGCUGAGAGGGCUUACAGGCUGACAUCUGUGUUAGCUUUUGUUCUAAACUAUUACUCUGGCAGCUGCUCAGUGGAAUAUUGCAGGGAGAAAAGAAAUGGAUUUAGACUGAAGUGAAUGCCAAUCACUUUACAGAUGCAGGUGGGUGGGACAUUCCUUCCAUUCAUCUCUCCCUCUCUUGGGUCUGCCCUCUUCUGUAAGGCAGUCUCAGCUCAGGACAGCUACUGGCCACCCUUGUCCUGUGGGUUAUACAGGUGGCUUUCCCUCUCCAAAGAAAAGGUGUCAGACUCCCCAAGCCCCACAGCUCUCUUCUCCACCAAAGCCAGGUCUCCUACUCAAGUCACUCUUGGAGUUAAGAGAUAGGGAUGGGAGCUGGAAAAGUUUUAGCCCUAGGUCCGAGUCCCAGACUGGGAAGGAGGGAUAUUUUUCCUUCCUUCCUUAACUGUAGUUUUACAUUGCCACAGUGUUUAUGUAUUCAUAAUAUAAAUUUCCUCUUCCCUUUGAAAAUAUGUGUUAUAAGUCUGUGCAAAUCCUUUUAAAUAAACAUUUGUUCAUUGGAGUAAAUUCUGACUAAGUGCUUACUGUGUACUGGAUAAUACAAAAUAUGUAAUGCCAUUUA